GCUUGAGUGACAGAGCAAGACCCUGUCUCUUAAAAACAAACAAACAAAAACCAGUGAUGCGUAUAAAAGGUGGAGAAGAAAUUUUGGGCAGAUGAAGAAAAUGAGGUGCAGAGAAGAUGUGAGAUUCUCUCUAACUGCCUCUUCAGGGUCAGUCCAGAAUCGACGGUCUCCGGGGGAGGGUAGGGGCUUCUUCCUGCAGGGGAUCUGUGGGAGGUGGUUAGGAGGGAGCAGAUGAGCCCAGGAUGAAUGGUGAGAGUCAGGUGCUGCCCAGCAGAGGUCACGCGUCCAGGGAGGGGAUCAACAUGGCCGCUGCACCCCGGACUGUACUGAUCUCCGGCUGCUCAUCAGGAAUUGGUCUGGAACUUGCAGUGCAGCUGGCCCAUGACCCCAAGAAGCGCUACCAGGUGGUGGCCACUAUGAGGGACCUGAGGAAGAAGGAGACACUGGAGGCUGCUGCUGGGGAGGCUCUGGGGCAGACCCUCACUGUGGCCCAGCUGGACGUGUGCAGCGAUGAGUCGGUGGCCCAGUGUCUCAGCUGCAUCCAGGGAGAAGUGGACGUGCUGGUGAAUAAUGCCGGAAUGGGCCUGGUGGGGCCCCUGGAGGGGCUCAGCCUCGAUGCCAUGCAGAAUGUCUUUGACACCAACUUUUUCGGAGCUGUCCGUCUGGUCAAAGCUGUGCUUCCAGGCAUGAAGAGGAGGCGGCAGGGCCACAUUGUGGUCAUCAGCAGCGUCAUGGGGCUGCAGGGUGUCAUCUUCAACGAUGUCUAUGCUGCCUCCAAGUUCGCCCUGGAGGGAUUCUUCGAAAGCUUGGCUAUCCAACUGCUGCACUUCAACAUCUUCAUCUCCCUGGUGGAGCCAGGCCCCGUGGUCACCGAGUUUGAGGGGAAGCUUCUGGCGCAGGUUUCUACAGCUGAGUUCCCAGGCACUGACCCUGACACCCUGCACUACUUCCGGGACCUCUACCUCCCAGCCUCCAGGGAGCUGUUUCGCUCCGUGGGACAGAGCCCACAGGACGUGGUUCAGGCCAUUGUCAAGGUCAUCGGCUCAACUCGACCACCCCUGCGCCAACAGACCAACAUCCGCUACUCGCCGCUGACCAUGCUCAAAACCGUGGACUCCUCCGGCAGCCUGUACGUGAGAACCACCCACUGCCUCCUCUUCCGCUGUCCACGCCUCCUCAGCCUCGGCCUCCGAUGUCUGUCCUGCGGCUGCCUCCCAGCCCGGGUGCGGCCAAGAUGAGCCGAACAGAGCCUCACGAUCCCCACCCCUAAACAACUAGAUCUGUUCAUUCCAUGUCUAAUUCAGAGACUGAGCAGACUCUCCAUGCAUUCAUUCACUCUGCAAACUCCUCUCCUGCUCUGUGCCUGGAUGUGGCUAGAAUCCCAGAAAGGCCUCAAUUUUCAGGCAUAGACACCUCUGUGGUCACAGUUGGAAUAGAGAGAGGAACCCCGGGAACUUGGGCUGGGGAGCCCAGAGCAGGAAGCCCCAGCUGUCGCUGGGAAAGCAAGGGCGGCUUUCUGGAGGAAGAGGCAUUGUUAUGACCCUUGAAGGAUGAGACAGACUCUGCCUCAUUCAACCUCAUGACUUCACGAUCCUGGGCCCGAGAAUACAGGAAUGAUUCAUAACUCCCACCCCCCACCCCCGUGCAUACCAGAGCUCUGUAGACCAAGGGGACACUCCUGGUUACACAUCCCAUCAGCAAAAUGUAUUUGAGCACACACCAGCAAUGUAUGUAUAUUUUUUCCAUUAAAUAUAUAUUUAUAAUCACAA